GACUGUGCCUCAAUGAAUUAAUCUAUCAUAACGUGAACGUGUGUGUGUGUGUGUGUGAGGGUGAUUUCCCUUUCUUGCUUCCAUCAUGAUGCUCACUCCGCACUCUGCAGCAUUUAGUGAUCAGCAGAAAAGAUAUAAAACCACGCAGAGGAGAGAAACAAGACAGAGACGAUCCAGCUGUCAGCGUGCACUCACGAGAAAAUGGAUCCUUUUCAAGUCAUCUUCCUGAUCUCCCUGGUGAUAACAGCACCCAAAUGUUCAGCAUCUUUUCCCAUAUCUUCUGAGACAACCGAGCUGCUGUGCAGUGAAAUGGACAAAGAUGAAUACAAUCUUACUGAAGGGGAGGCAUUUUAUUUUGUGCCUGACGAACUGGCACUGGAGAGUAACAACUCCAAAGAAGAGACCAAAUGGUACAAAAACAACGUCAGUACUGAACUCAGCACAGACGAGAACCAGAACGUACAUUACCACGGUGCAGCACUGUAUUUCUCAAACCUCCGCACUGAAAACUCUGGCCUUUACAUCGCGAGGAAUGAAGAGCCAUCGGGAAAAUGUUACAACUUUUAUUUACAAAUCCAAGUCUUCAAAGCAAGCUAUCCACUUGAGGAGAAACUCCUCUAUGGGGAAGUCGACAACUCUGAUGUGUUCAAAGAGAUCUCUUGUCCAGAUCCUGCCAGACUCCCAUGUGAAAAACUUGGAGGACAUUUCAGCUGGGAAAAGUAUCCCAUCCAGCCCCGGCUGGAGGACUUCACGCAGCAUGAAGAUCGCCAAAAAGCUGAACUGCAGAUAUCGAAGGCUAGUGCUGCUUACAAUGGCAUCUACACUUGUAUUUGUACCUGGAAACACAAAGGAAAGGAGCAUAAGACGAAAGCCUCCAGGAAGCUAACACAUCUAGAGCCACGGUUCUACCGACCGUUAGAUUUCAUUUCUCCAACCAACAAGGAGCAGUUGGCUGAUGAAGGUUUUAGGAUCAAUCUGAGCUGCUCAGUUCACUGUGGGACUAAUGUGGGAUCUUCCUGCAGCGCCAGCUGGGAGAUUGAGGGAGUGCCUGCCCAGAACCAAAUCACGAAACUCGAGAACCCUUCACAGGAAACCAUCGCCACUGCAAUCCUGACCAUUGAAAAAGUGUCUGCUGCAGAUUUCAAUACCGAAUUUAAAUGCAUCGGCAGAGACUUUAAUACAGUGAACUCCACCACUUUAACUCUUAAGCGGAGAGAGUCAAUUAUUCCACUGGUCAUCGGGGGAGUGUGUGUGUUUUUUGUCUGCGUGUUUGCCGCCAUGCUGGUCAAACACUUUUCCAUCGACCUCGCUCUUUUCUUCAGACCCUACUUCCCACUGAGCAGUUACAAAAAAGAUACGAGGAUGUACGAUGCCUACGUGGUCUACCAAAUGCAGAGCAUGGACAAGGACACAGAGGACACACUCUGUGAGUUCGUCACAAGGAUUAUGCCGUCCGUCCUCGAGGAAAAGUGCGGAUAUCGACUCUUCAUCCAUGGCAGGGAUGACAUACCCGGGGAAGACCGCCUGGAGCUGGUGGAGGACUGCAUGAAGCAGAGCAGGAGGCUGAUGGUCAUUCUCACCCCGGGUUCAGGAGCAGAGUCAGACAGCACAGACCGACCUCCGGUCUCACCCCAAAACACAGUGAUGGGAGGCUUUGACUGGCAGCUGGGGCUUCACCACGUGCUGGUCCAGAGGGAAAUGAGUGUGAUUCUGAUCCAACUAGGAAACACUGGACCAAAAGGAUACACACACCUUCCCCCUGGCCUGCAGCAUCUGAUUCAAAAGAGCGCCCCCAUCAAGUGGCCCGUGGGUUCACGGGGCGCGGCCGCGUGGAACUCGCGCUUCUGGAAGAGAGUGCGAUACCUGAUGCCUGCAACGCCUGCCAAAAAAUGUCUACACCCUGCUAUUAUUUGAAAUACAAUGAAUGCAUUUUGGCCUUCCUGGAGCGACUAAUAAGCAGCAUGUGUAAUAAAAAGGGUCCAGACAGACCGGUCCCAUCUAACGCAUCACAGGGUUCAGUCAGAAUGAUGCAAUGACUCCAGACGGAGUGUAUUCACUGUUGGCCCAAGGACCUGUUUAUUCUUCUAUAAAACUGUUACAGUGUCACUGCUCAUGUCCUCAUCACCCUAUUGUGGGUUAAAGACAGGGUGAAGUUAUGGAAACUCUGAGAGGCAAGAGAGAUCAAAAAUCGAACGAUACAUUUGCUAGGUCUGAUCUUUUCCUCUCUUAUGUUUAUUACUUAAGAAAAGGUGAAAAAAAGGUUUGCCAGGCUCAUGUCUGUGUGUUUGUUGUUGUAACCUGUUUUGGUCACAAGAGGCUGAAGUGAACCGCCACUACCUCAGGUUUUAACCCUUUCAUAUUACACACUCGUAUCGCCCUGUGCACAAAAUGCGCUUUUCAAAAUCAAGCUUUAAAAA